UGAAUGAGAUAUCUGCAGAAAUCUGUGCAUAACUGGUGUGAUGUAGUUUAUAACAAGAUUCUUAUAGACAUUAAUUGUAAUAAAUAUUUAUUAUUCUUUUGUUCAUAAAACUUAAUUCAAUUAUCAACACACCGUCGAAAUAAUUAGAUCCUCAAAGUUAAUGUAUGUACUAUGAACCGUUUGGAUGAUCCUCCGGGUCUCAUGAAAGGCAGAAAACCAUCCUUCAUUGGAAUGAACGGGGGUCCAGAAACAGAUGAUCAACAACGUUUACGAUUUCAGGUUGAACUUGAAUUUGUUCAAUGUCUUGCUAAUCCAAAUUACUUAAAUUUUCUAGCACAACGUGGCUACUUUAAAGAUUCAACAUUCAUUAACUAUCUUAAGUAUCUAUUAUACUGGAAAGAACCAGAGUAUGCAAAAUACCUGAAAUACCCUAUGUGCUUGUACUUUUUAGACUUAUUGCAAUAUGAACACUUUAGAAGAGAAGUAGUAAACUCUCAGUGUACCAAAUUUAUAGAUGACCAACAGAUAUUGUUGUGGCAACAUUAUACCAGACGUAGAACAAGACUAUUGCAGGCUGCAGCAGAACAAACACAACAUGUGAAUCCUCAGAACAAUGAAUCUGAUUUUGGACGAGUGAUCCUGAAACCUGAAUAGCUGUUUAUAAAUGUUUACACUGUUUAUACUUCAAGACAAUGGAAAUGAUGGAACAGCAUUGGAGGAAUGGAUAUAGCCAUAGUAAGUCGCCUACUUUAUUUUGUUACAAAAUUUGUUUGACUUUGGAAUAUUCUGUAUAAAUAUAAU